AUGCUAUGGAAAUCUGAGCAGCAGCAGUCGUUUUUUAUUGUUGCCGCGACAAUUCCUGCCGUGCGUCCUUUUUCGCAGCGCGGUAUUAUAUUUCCAAUGGAAAAUUGGGAUAAUUGCACGUUAAAUGAUGGCCGACAGUUUGGCAAAUGUGUACCGCUUGAUGAGUGUCCAGAAGUGCUUAGGAAAUGGGACAUGGAGCAUAUAUACCCGAAAACUUGUUAUUUCAUUAAACGGAAGCAAAUUGUUUGCUGCAAUUGGAAUAUUACUGAGAGCAGAAACGAGGAAAAGAGUAAUUUAACGGCAAGCAAUAACGAUGAACAAAAGAAGAAGUUGUGGACAACAGAAGAACCAGAAAUGCGCCGGCGUAGUGACUUAGGAUGCGAAUUGAGUCAAGUGUUUCGUGGUGUAAUAGUUAGUGGCUUACCAACCGAAGCUGGUGAAUUCCCUUAUAUGGCUGCCUUGGGUUGGCCUUCAAACAUUGGCGAUUCGAUACGAUAUCGUUGCGGUGGAGUUUUAAUAUCUCAUACUUAUGUUUUAACUGCCGCUCAUUGUGCUGAAUUGGGUGGUGCUCAACCUACUGUGGUACGUAUUGGCGGCACAAAUCUUACUGAUUCCACCGUUGGUGAUAUAAAGAUUAAACGCUUCAUUACACAUCCUGCGUAUAACGUAACUUCCAUCUAUUAUGAUAUUGCUUUAGUUGAAUUGGAAGAGCAAUACCUUGAAUCUCCAGCUUGUCUUUGGGCUCAAAAUCAUAUGCUUAAUAAUAAUGUUACCGCUUUGGGCUAUGGUCAUAAAAGCUUUGGUGGCCAACCUUCAGAUCAGUUACUUAAGGCUCCGCUGUUUGUAAUUUCUAUCGAGGAAUGCGCGAAAUACUAUCAAAAUGACCGAGAUGUGGCUCCCACUGGUCUUGAUGAUACGCAUUUGUGUGCUGGUGAUCCUCAGCAUUUACGAGAUACAUGUCAGGGUGAUUCGGGCGGUCCUUUGAUUAUACGUGGAGACGAAGACCGCAGGAACUAUGUCGUUGGUAUCACUUCAUUCGGUUUGGGUUGUGCCGGCGAACCGCCUUCUAUUUACACGCGCGUCUCUUCAUAUAUCGAUUGGAUUGAAGAAAUUGUCUUCCCAGCGGACAAUCCUAUUUUUGAAGAUACUGGUACUUAUCCCAGAUUAUGGUUGGGUGGUACUGAUUUGGCUACAGAAGGUCAAUAUGUUUGGACCUCGACAGGUAAACUUUUCAAUUACGUAAAUUGGUCACCAGGCAAUCCCGACAACGAUCGCGGUAAUGAGCAUUGUGCUUAUAUAUGGGAGAAAACCAAUUUUCAAUGGAAUGAUGGAAAUUGCACUAUAAAAAUGGGUUUCAUAUGUGAGGAGCAUCCCAUUAAGUAUGCUGUGCGCAAAAAUAUUGAAAAAACUAUUUUGGAAAAUGUAUAAAUGAUGAAUAAUUAAUUGUACAUGAGAAAAAUGCUA